AUGAAAAAAUCCGACAGAAUCGUCAUUGUGGGAGCCGGCGUGUUUGGACUGACUACUGCACGCCAGUUGGCCUCUGAGGGCUAUGAGAAUGUCACCGUGAUUGACAGGAACAUGCCGCCAGUUCCAGAUGGCUCUAGUGUUGACAUCUCACGAGUAAUCCGAUUCCAUUAUGGCGAUGACGCUUACUUGCGCCUUGCCUACGAUGCCUAUCAGAAAUGGUCCAAGAUGCUCAAGUAUCACAACAUCUUCUUCCCCUCGCCGUUCAUCCUCACUUCGAAUUCAGAUCGGCCAUUUGGACGUUUGUAUAUUGAAAAAUGCACUGCUGCCCUGGAUCAGCGAGGUUUUCGCUGGAAAAGGCUGGAGAAUGCCCGGGAGGCGAAGCAAAUGUACCCUACCCUAAGUGGCCCCCUCGCGGCUCCUGGGUUCUUUGGUUAUACCAACGUUCAAGCGGGAUGGGCAGAUGCUCACAAGGCAAUUAGCCAGCUGCGGGAUGAUUGCAUUGAGCUCGGCGUGUCAUUUAUCACUGGCAGAGCCGGGACCGCCAUAGGUUUUGAGGCCAACUCGGACGGGCAGAUCUACGCCGUCCGGACACUUGCUGCUAAUCAGAUCAAAGGCGAUCACUUCAUUCUUGCAGCCGGCGCAUGGGCAUCGAGUCUUGCUCCUUUCUACAACUCCACGUUAUCUACAGCUCAGGUUGUUGGCUACAUGGAGCUGACCGACGAUGAGAUGGAGCGAUUGAAGCAUCUCCCCAUCUGCAUCAACUUUUCCACCGGUUGGUUCAAUUUCCCUCCCCACAAGGAAACGCGGAUGCUCAAGAUGGCAAUCCACGGCUGGGGCUAUACUCGGUCACCGUCGACUGAAGAAAAGGCCCUCCUCAACGCAGACGUUUCGAAUCCCCCGCUCAAGGCACCUCGCGAGCGGGCCAAUUUUGUGCCCCGGGAUGGAGAGGAGAGGCUCAGGGAAGGACUUGCAGAGAUCCUGCCUGAAUUGGCCGACCGUCCGUUUCAGCGAGUGGCACUCUGCUGGUACACAGACACUCCCAGUGGUGAUUUCAUCAUGGACUACCACCCUGAUUAUAAGAACCUCUUUGUUGCAGACGGAGGGAGCGGGCACGCUUUCAAGUUCCUGCCAGUGCUGGGAGAAUACGUGUCACUUGGGUUAAAAGGCUUGCUUCCCGCAAACCUAGCAGAAAAAUGGAGAUUCAGAGAAGAGUUCAAAGGUAACUCCAAUGCUUUCGAAGGAGAUGGAAGUCGAGGAGGACCGGAGAGGCGCGAGCUACGGCCUGAUGAGGUUAAAGCUAGACUUUGA